AUGACGAAAAUAUUCGUUUGACUUGAGUGGCAAGUUGAACAUUGAGACUAGAGGCAUAACAAUGGACUUGGAGGAAUUUCACAGAAUGAUAGACAGAUGUCAAGGAUUACCUGAAGUAGACUUCAAAGAAGAAGAUUUUGUUCAGUUCCAUUUAGCAAGCCAGAAAUGUAUAGAAAAAGGACAUACUGAUGUUUUAUUAGAAAUAAUUCUGGAUGAAAAAAAUAAGGACAUUGUAAGAUGCAUGGGGUGGAACCUUGUUAGUCCUCUUGUAAGAUGUGUUUUACAAAACAAAGCAGAUGGAAGCUAUGACCACUGCGUAACGAUGCUGGAUGAAAUCAUAGAGCUGUGUAACCCAAAGGAGCUUCUGAUUGGUCUGCUUGAACCAAUUGAGGAAGCUGUAGGGGAGAAGAUAUCUCAGACUAUUGUGUUGCUGCUUCAGCCACUGCAAACAGUACUUUUGAAGCUUGGGAAGAAAAAGGCAUACUCUGUUGGAUUAUCUUUGUCUACGAUUUUAAGUCAGAUUUCAAAAUUACCUGUACCUUACACAAAAGAGCAGGAGCAGGAUGAUAAAUAUGGACUGUGUAAGUGUUGCACAGCCAUGUUAAAUUUUAUGAAGCCAUUUGUGAAAGAAAUUGGUGAAGCCAGAGGGUGUGUUACAGAAAACAAAACCAAUGAAGAACUAAGAAAAGAACUUCUGAAUUUUUGUAUGAAGAGUUUGGAAUACCCUUUACUGAGAGCACAGCUAGAUGUAGCUCAUGACGAAACAGAGAAACAACCUUUAAGACAGUUUGCUUCUGACAUUUUGGUCAUUAUACUGCAUCUUGGAGAAUGUUUAUCAAAGCUACUAAUAAGCCAUGGAUGCCAUCAAUGGGCCAGAAAAGAAAAUUCUGAGAAAAUUCAAAAGGAAGAUGCUGUAUUCUCUGCAGAUUCUUUAGCUUGUUUGGCAUACUUUGUAUUUGUUCAACAAACUGGGGCUGAUCAUUUCCCGUCUGUCUUUAGCUCAUCAUUUAUACUGCAUUUUAAUAUGGAAUAUAUUGCCGUACUUCUAAAACGGACAGAAGAGUCUGUGGUGUCUAAAGGACUUGAUUUGUUUGAAAGCUGCUUGUUGAAAAUGGAAGACAAUCAUCUUCUUCAUCAGUACCUAGAAAUAAAAGAUUUUCUUAAUGUUCCACAGGAUUUGGUGAAAGUGAUGACACUUUGUCCUUCUGAACAUUUGAGGAAAAGGAGUUUGAAGAUAUUGCAGAUUUACAUAGACAAGUUUGAUAUAGAAGGAAAAUAUAAAUUAUUUAGGUGCUUGUUAAAGACAUGUAGUCAUGCUGGUUUACAAGGGUAUAUUAUCCAAAACAUCAAGAAUCAAAUUGAUUUAGCAUUGAAGCCACAACAUGAAAAUCUUUGGUUUUCUGAACAGCGAUUAAUCCCACUUGUGCUUCUAGUUCUCUCACUUCCAGAAGGAGCAGAAACAGAUCUGCUGCAAAACUCAGACAGAAUAAUGGCGUCACUUAACCUCUUAAGGUAUCUUCUAAUAAGAGAUGAUGAAAGUGAAAAUCGAACAAGAGUGUGGUCCGAACUUUGGAGAAUUGAAGAUAAUUUUCUAAAACCACUCCGCACUGGUCUAAACAUGUCAAGAGCACACUAUGAAGCAGAAAUUAAAAAUACUAAGGACAAGAAGCAGUCAAAAGAGCUGUCCAGAACAAAAACAAUCUGUUCUCUGACAGUUGAAGGUGAAAAACUACCCAGCAUGACUAGAGAGAUGCAGCUAGAGGUUCUCCACUCGGCUCUCUUCACUUUUGAUGUAAUGCAGAGUGUUCUGGCCAGAGUAGAAGAGCUCAUCGUGGUUAAAGAAAGGCCUGUAAUCCAGUAACAGUUCAGGACAAUUGCCAUCACAUACAGUUUGGUCUUUAGCAAUAUUUCUUUUUUUUUAAUAUAAAUAAUGUUAUUUAUGUAUGUGUUAAUAAACUUUGUUGAGAUUUUAUAAUAGACAUUUUCAUAUAAUGUUUGUUCAAACUCUUAAUGUAUAUACAAAGUACCGCCGAUGUGAAUAUUUGGCAUGUCCAGACAUCUAAAGAGAUUGCUCAGUGAAGUUGAUCCUGUCAUUAAUAAUACUUUGCUUACACUGCAAAUCCCUGUUCAGACCAGGAUGUUUCCAUAAAAUGAAGUAAAUAUCUGAAGAAUAAAUUUUAUUCUGCUGUAAAUCUUUCCUUUAACCACUUCUUUCCCCACUAGAUACAAUUGUAGUUUGCAGAUAUCUUUCAGUCUCACAUGGCAGAACCAGAAUGGCCAGCAUGUAUUAAAAAUAUUAGUUUCUAAAGAAAAAAAGAGAGGAAGUUGAAUAGAUAGGGGAGACAUUUGAAACUACCUUAGGAAGGAAACCAGGAUUCAUCCUUUUUGAAAAUGGUCCUGAUAGAAAACAGAAUAUCUGUUAAAUUAUAAAAAAAUCUAGAGUUUUGAAAUGUGAUGUAAAUGCUUUGAGUUCUUUGCCAGUACAUGUGAAACAGCAGAUAUGAUGUCUGUUCGAUCUGUCUUCAUAUGAUGGUUCUAUCUGAUCGAUACGGAUCCAACAUCUGCAGUUUUUAAACUUUAGAUCCAAGGCUCAGGCUCAUCCAUGUACUCAUACUUCCCUUCCUCCAGUGGAAUUACCUCUGAUCUUGUUUGCCACUCAAACAUUACAGAUGCAAUUUCCUUGGCUUGGUGAUUUGGUUAGAUAAGUAACCCCCUUUUUAAGAAUUCCUGCUGCUUUUUUUUUUUCUUUGUUUUGCUAGCUAGUGUUUCUACCUUACUUGCCUGGUUAUCUUUUCCUCUAUGUAUAAAAAAACCUUUGCUAGUUUGCUGCUGUUUUCCCUCCUUUUUCUCUGUGAAUCAAGGCUGUUUUGUUAGACUGUACUGAGAUACUUUGUGUACAGGUAGUUGGCUCUUUAUUGUGGUGUUUAAUUCUUUUCCAGGAUGACAGACAAGGCCUCCAAGUUUAAAAAGUGUGUUUCCUGUGGCCACACACUGUGUUUUUACUGCUUAGGGGGCCACUCACCUUGAAAAGGAUUGCUACAUAUUUGGGGCCAGAGAGUUGUUUAAUGAGCAAUCAAAGCUUGCCUUAAAGGGGCUUCUCCAGGCUUCCAUGGGAGAAGGUAACUCUUCUCAAUCUUCUUUUCCCUCUAGUAAAAAGUCCUUGGAUAAGAAUAUGGUGAAAAAAGCUAAAGUAAAAGAUAAGGACAAGGAAAUAUCUCAGGUGAAGAGCUUCAUAGGGAGAAGGAAAGUAGAAGAAGGUCCUCUGAUUUGACAGGGCCAUUGGGUCUGGCUCUGAAGGUACAGAAUUCUUCAAAUCCAUUGCCUGCUUCACAGCCAGUUAGGAUAAGGUCAUGUACUUCUCCAGUCUCCAGAUCCAGGUUCUCCCCAGAGCCAGAUAGCCCUAGUCUUCCUGCAUGAGAGAGAUCUUUCCAAUGGAUUUCCAGGCCGCCUUUCAUGGCCUGUUUUAUUAGAUCAGUGCAGUUCAUUAGGAGCCUAUUCAAAACAGACGUGGAUAGGAUGAUCAGCUCCAACUGCCUCUGAUCUGAAUUGGUCCUUUUGGGUGCACUUCCUGCCACUGUGGGAAAGCCAGCCUCUGAGGCCUCAAGACAGUCCAAGUGGUGGACUCCCAUUACUCUUUAGAGACCUCCCUUGAGUAAAUCUGAAGCAUGCAUGCAAAAGGAGGCACAUGGACUCCCCCUCAGGAGUCCAUCACCAAAGAUACUGAUUUUGAUGAAUGUGAGGGUUCUCCUAGAUCCUCCCUGGAAGAUGUCAGCCACCUACAGAAAGAUUGCAGAGGAGAGUUCCACUGUCCAUCCCCCCAACAGACAGUCCGGGAUGUUGGACAGGUUCAGAAAAGUGGGUUGAUGUACUUUUCAGCUACCUUUGCCUUAAGGUCAUUGAAUUACCUGUCUCACAUAACAUGUUUUCAUAGGGACUUGAUGAAGGAGCUGACCAAGUCCCUCUCAGGGUCCUUACCUGUCAACCUUCUCAAACAUGUCCCAUGUUCCUUAUUUCCAAAGCAGUAUAUGGAACAUCUAGAGCAGUGGACUUCAGCAUUGCUAUUUGUUGGCAUGUCUGAAUAUGUGUCUGUGACUUCACUGAACACUUUAAAAUCUCCUUCAUCAAUGACUCCUGUGAAGAGCUCACCAUCUUUGGACUGAAGGUAAAGAAAAUAGUGUUUAGAAGUGAACAGGAUAGCAAGACCUUGUCUGGUAUUGGAAUCUGCUUCUCUUCCUCCUAGUGGCCUUUUCCAGGAACCAGAAAGGAGGCAAGAAGCUGUGGUUCUGUAAAUCUCAAGGGUUUGCCCAGCACUUCUAGUGAUAGACACCAGAGUUGGGGUGGGGGGGAAUAACCGCAUUAAACAUCACUCUCGCAGCAGAAUGGUAUGCAGAAUCUAGGGUUUCAGGGCCCCUACUCUGACAGACCCUUUCAGUGCUCCAGAAAGGUUGCCCAACUUCUGCACUCUGGAGGCAGGCGGGGGGAGCUUAUCUCUGUAUCCAUCAUCCUGGACAGGCAUCAUUCUCUAUUUGUGGGUGCAGAAAAUCAUAAUCAGAGGGUAUUCUAUUCCUUUCCUUUACUCUCCAAAUUCAAAAAGACUCCCUGGUGUUCCAUCCCCACAAAGUAAGGCUGCAGCACAAGAGACAAAAAAGUUGUUAGAUGAACCAGUCAUCCAAGAAGUCCCACCAGACCAGCAAGGAUAUGGAGUCUACUCCAGGUACUUUUUGGUACCAAAGAAGAACAGAGACCUUAGCCAGUUAAAUCAGUUUGUAAAACAGACAGUUCCAGAUGGUCAUGGUUCAGUCCAUCCUACCAUUGCUAAGGAAGGGCAAUUGGAUGUGUUCACUCCACCUUCAGGAUGCAUACUACCACAUCAAGAUAGCUAGGAGCUCCAGAAGGUUCCUCCACUUUAAGCUGGGAGUUAGUCAUUUCCAGUUGAGAGCCAUACUGUUUUGUGUCACCGCAGCUCCUCAAGUGUUCACCAAGUGUAUGGCAGUGGUCGCAGUUCACCUCAGACUGCAGGGGUUCCACGUGUUUUUUGUAUCUGGAUGACUGGCUCAUAACUACUCCCUCCAGGAAUCUGUUUGUUCAACCCAGGGUUUCCUUAGCUCCUGCCUGGAAGUUACAAUGAGUAUGGAAAAGUCAGAGUUGCUCCCUGUCCAAGUAAUAGAGUUCAUUGUGGCCUACCUGGAUAUGACAUUGCAGAUAGUCAAAUUACCAGAGUCAAGAAUUCUCACCUUGCAACAACAAGCUUCCCAUCAAAAGCACCCGGCCAGGUGCAUAUUGAGGCUUCUAGGAUCAAUGGCAGUUUCCACCACCCUAGUUCCUCAGGCCAGAUUCUACUUGAGGGUGUUGCAGUGGACUGUCGCAGUUCAGUGCUCGGUAUGGUACCACCCGAUACACUUUCCCAUUUGCCUUAACAGUAUAUGUAGACACCAUGUUCAGUGGUGGUUGGACUUCCUCCUAGUUUCCCAGGAUCACCCCUUUAUUCUGCCACCCCCUCUGGCCAUUUUUACUACAGACACUUCUCAGUUGGGAUGGGGACAUUUUUUGGGAAAGACAGUCCAAGGUAUGAGCAGUCCUUCUGGGGACUUUUUUUGGGAAAGACAGCCCAAGGUAUGAGCAGUCCUUCUGGUGUUGCAGACUUUUCAGGACUCCCUCCCCAGGGGUAUGAUCGCAAUCCAGACAUACAACAUGUCGGUGGUAUGGUACAUCAACAAACAAGGGAGAAUACAGUGUUACCCAUUGUUUCAAGAAGCCAUGAUGGUUUGGCAGUAGGUGGUGUCUUCCCAUCAUUUUCUGGUGACAGUAGAUAUCCCGGGAAAAUCCAGUGUGUUAGGGGACAAACUGAGAGGUCCAUACUCCUCCCUCACAAGUGGUCCCUCAGUUGUGUAGUGACAGAUCUCAUUUUUCAGCCACUGGGGUCAGCCUUGCUGUGACCUAUUUGCCACUCCUCUCUAACACCAAGGGCAGCAGCUAUUUUGCCUUAAUCCCCCAGGAGGGGGAAUCACCAAGGGACACUAUAGUCCACAUCUGGCCCACAGCUCUUCUGUAUGCUUUUCCUUUUUCUCCCCUCACACAAAAGUUUCUAUAGAAAACAAUAUUGUGCACAGUGAAAGUAAUCCUCAUUUCUCCCAUUUGGUCAUAACAGGUAUGGUCUUCCUAUCUCUAGCCUCAUCUGAUACACCCGUCUUGGGUGCUGGAUCCCAUUUUAGACCUCAUCUUUCACCCAUCCGGCAUGCUUCAUCUGGACUUAGCCCUCAAAUUAAGUUCAUGAUCUGUCCAUUUCCUUGAUGUCCAGACAGUUCAGGCUUCCAUUCCAGGUGGUGCAUAUCCUGACACACUCCCAGAAAUCUUCCACUAAGAAUGUUUACAAAAGCAAAUGGAAGAUAUUUUCAGUAUGGGCAUUUAGCAGUAACCUAGACCUUUUUUUUCAGUCCCCUUCCCUGCUAUUUUAAAUUUUUUGGCUGGUCUGUUUCAUGAUGGGGCAACUCCACCAUUAAAGUUCAGAUAGCAGCCAUCUCAGACUUCCAUGUAGGAGAGAAGCAGAUUCCCAUUUCUUCUUUGAAAUUAUCCAAAGCCUUUCUUCUUCACCCCCUGUAAGGGAUCUUAUUUCACGUUGGGACAUUUCCAUUCUUCAGGCUUUGACAAACCCCCAUUUUGAACCAGAUGUGACUGCAGAGUUAAAGUGUCUAUUAUGGAAGGCUCUGUUUCUGGUGUCUUGUCACCUCUGCUCAAAGAAUUUCAGAGCUCCAAGCUCUUUCCUGCAAGCCAGCUUACUUGAUUUUUCAUAAAGAUAGGGUAUUUCUUUGUAUUAACUCUACUUUUCUUUCCAAGGUGGCUUCUGAGCUCACUUUUCUUCAGACUGUCAAUCUUCCUAUUUUCUUCCUGAAUUUUUUUCAAUAAAGGGGAGUUCAUUUUACCAAAGCUGUAAGAAACACAGACCAAUUCUUUGCCUCCUUGUCUUCAGUCAAACUGGGGAAAGGAGUUUCUAAAUGACUCUAUCCAGAUGGCUGUCUGAAUGCAUUUGGUAUGUUGAUAAGAGAAAGGUUUGGCAUUAUCUUCUAAUCCCAAAGUUCACUCUACGAGGGUGGUAGCCACUUCUGCAGCCUACUUUUUGAGAGUUCCUAUUGACGACAUAUGUGCAGCAGCUACUUGGUCCAGUGUGCGUACCUUUAUAUCCCAGUACAAGCUGGACUUACAUUCUAGGUUCAGGGCUUCUUUUGGUUCCACCACCCUGUAGAAUAUCCUUCUAUGUAACCUGCCAGGGUUUUUAGUAACUGGGGACUCUGUACCAUCAGUUGAGGACAGAUGGAAGAGACACAAGAUGUGAAAGUUUUGCACUUACUAUAACCCUAGAUUCAUGUUGUCUUCCAUCCUCCUCAACUUUCUCUCCCUGUGUCUCCCCGCCAAACUGUCAUUCUCUCCUUAUGCUCCAGCAUGACUGCACUGUACCUAACUGGAGCUACAACCAUGGUAUGUAUUCUGGGUAUAUAGUUGUAGGUUUGAUUCCUGUUGUAUUUCUGUAUUAGGUAGGCAAAGUUUAUCUGAAGUAAUUCAGUUGGCGGAGGGGAAUUUAUGGAUGGGAGGAGAGUUUGAGCCUUGGGUACAAAGUCUGAGAGCUGCCAUUGUCAGAUCUGUAUGGAUCUGACAGAUCCAUCAGUUGAGGAUGGAAGAAGACAACACAGAUCUAGCAUUAUGGUAAGAACAUUUGAAGAUGAAUAGUGUUGCAGCAAUAUGGUCUAGGAAAAAUAUUGAUUUAAGAUUUUAGGAAUAAUUAAAACAUGGAGGAAAUUAUCCCUUGGAAGCAGGCUAAAGAGGACUACAGUUUGCAAGAUGGUGACUUGCUUUAGCUAUCAGGGAUUACAGACCAAGCUAUCUCAAAUCAUAGCAAGCUGAAACAAUAUGUCAGACACCUUAGUUGAUGGCGACUUUUUAAGGAGAAGGAUAAUAAGUUGGAAAUAUAACAAAAAAUGAAUGUGGGGGCCAGCAGGCAUUCCUGUAAUAGCAAGAUGUGGGUAUGCUUGAAUGAUUUUAUCUCUGACAGUAUAUUAUAAUGUUGAUUAAUGUAUAAAGGUAUGUGACAUGAAUUAUGUGUUUUAAAAGUCAUUUUAUCUGGAUGUGAAUUUGUUUUAAAGUAUUUAUUUACCAGUCUGAGUGGAACACUGUUAAAUAAAGCUUUGUUAAUAAUGUGCAAUUA